AGAACCUGUGCUAUGCGAACAAGUCAUUUAACGAUUUUUUUCAGGGUUGUGCUGCCACAACAGAGUACACGUACGCAUGCACACACCCACUUUGCAAGUAUACAGGACGUUGAGUGACAGCUUUGGAUUUACAAUCCGUGUCAUGUAUGCAUGUGGUUUUUGCAAACCCCUAUCGGUAAAUGUAGAGUCAAUAAAUGCGGAGAGUCGUUCAUGAAUAAGCAUCUUCUGGAUCGUGAAGGUAAACGCUCAGGACGCGCGGCGCAGUGCAGCUGGUAAGCCCGUGCGCACCGGAGCGCGCGCAGCACACAGUUGCCUGACGCUUCGGAUUCUUUGUCAGCAACUUUUAAUAGGUCAACUUGUCCACGCGCAUAUUUUUUUUAGGGAAGAACUCUAAACUAAGGGGAAGAGGACCUGAUAUUAACGCUGAAUCUGCUGAAAGUGCUACAAGAACGCUAUGGAUAUGUCUAAACGAAUGCUGAUUUUAUGGCUAACCUGUUCACUCGGACCUAUGCUGUCUGUCCAGAUGUGUGAGGUCAUGUGGGAGCUGGAAGCAGAGAAAGGGGAGUGUUUGUCCAAGUUGGAAAAUAUCACUACAGGUUGCCCAGGUGAAUGGGACCUAGCAUGUUGGCCAUCAGCUAAGGCUGGAGAGAUAGUGACCAUCCCCUGCCCCAAUUACUUCAGUCAUGUCAGCGAUCUGGGGGGAAACAUUUCUAAGAGCUGUACUGAGAACGGCUGGACAGAAAUAAACCCAGUUGUCAUUGCGAUUAAUUGUGGCUACGACCCUAAUAUCACGGAGGAUGGAAAUAUGGGUGACUUUCUGGGCUCUGUGAGAAUCGGAUACACUAUUGGCCACACUGUGUCUCUUAUAUCUCUCAUCAUUGCCAUCACCAUACUGGGCUUCUUCAGAAAACUCCAUUGCACCAGGAACUACAUCCAUAUUCAUCUGUUCGUGUCCUUUGUACUAAAAGCUAUCGCUGUAAUAAUGAAGGAUGUAGUUCUAUAUGAGGUGGAGGAACCCGAUGACUGCCAUUAUGGAUCUGUGGGCUGCAAGGCGGCUGUGGUGUUCUUCCAGUAUGGUGUCAUGGCCAGUUUCUUCUGGUUGUUGGUGGAGGGUCUUUAUCUUCAUGCUCUCUUGGCUGUUUCUUUCUUCUCAGAGAGGAAGUACUUCUGGUGGUACAUUCUGAUUGGAUGGGGAGUGCCAGGUAUCUUCAUAACAGUCUGGAGCAUCACAAAAGCUUAUUUACAUGAUAUUGGAUGCUGGGAUUUUAUUGAUGAUGAUCUGUGGUGGAUUAUUAAAACUCCUACUUUGAUAACUAUAAUGAUGAACUUCAUUCUGUUUAUUUGUAUAAUCCGAAUACUUCGUCAGAAAAUCAGCUGCCGAGAUAUUGGGAGAAAUGAUUCACAUCAGUACUCGAGAUUGGCAAAAUCAACUCUACUUUUGAUUCCUCUGUUUGGAAUCAACUAUAUAAUCUUUGCCUUUAUGCCUCAUCACAUACAGUCUUACCUGCGUUUGGUGUUUGACUUGAUCCUGGGGUCCUUUCAGGGAUUUUGUGUUGCUGUCCUGUAUUGUUUUCUAAAUGGAGAGGUUCAGUCUGAGAUCAAGCGAAAGUGGAGGCGGUGGCACAUGCAGAGGUUUCUAGGAGCUGACACCAAGUACCAGCAGCCCUCAAUGGGAAGCAAUGGCAUCAACUUCAGCUCCCAAAUCACCAUGAUGACCAAAAACAGCCCCGCCACACGACGGGCCUCCACCUGCCAAGAUGAUUUCUCCACCGUCUGAGCGACGCUCCAUCAAAGAUGAGAGACAGAGGCCAACGUGUCUGUGCUCUACACACACAGGAGCACUACCACCCACAUCUCAAUCAUGUCCAAGGUUGCAGCUCAAUUCCUGCUCAGUGGGAACAUGCAGGACGGCGAUCACCUCAGUGCUCAUGGAGUCUGAUUGGCAUGUGAUGUACAUGAACCGUUUAGUCAUGGUGAUGUAUAUUCAUAACCAUGACGUUUAUCAGAAGAGAACUCAGAUGAAAGAUGGGGAAAUACAAGUACCGUUUGUAUGUUUUUAGCAGACUACUGAUUCAAAACAACACAGUCUGAAGUAAAAGUACUAUAUCCGUUCAAAGAGCAAGUUCUGGAUCUUCAGUUCUAACCAAGCUACAGACUGUUGCUUAAGAAAUGGAAAUUUAAUGCAUGAGGUGAAAGAUGUAUGUUUGAUUUGUGAAACAGUCUGCCGUACACAAAAAAGGUAUGUGCAUUUAUUCUCUGCAUUAGUGUUUGCUGUGUGCCUGUGAUGGCAUACUGCUCUGUUGUUCUGCUCUCCCCUGCCCUCAUUAUGCUGCUUAAGAUUCCUCAGACUCCUAAUAACCUGAAAAACGGAGCCGUGUCCCUUAUUUUUGUCUCUUUACUUAUUCCAGGGUGAAUUAAUGUGACAAUCUGACAUUCUGCUAACAUCCUGCUUUUGUAUCCUACCAAUUUGUGUCAUGUGAUUCUGUUUCAGUGAACAUGCAUAUUAAGAGAAUCCUCGCUUAUUGAGAGCCUUUUUUCAUUUCACUGCAGAUGUAUAGUGUGUCACUAUAUAUGGUGUUUUAUGGUAAUGAUUUGUAGUUCAGCGAAAAUGUACAGUUCAGUUCUGUGAAAUAUGUGAAAGUUGGGUUGUGUAACUGUGCAUGUAUUCCAUAUGUUGACAGUUCUCUGAAAUGUUUUCUUUUUAUCAGAAUGUUCUUCUUAAAAGAUGAUUUUUAGAACAAAAUGUCUGACGAAAGUGUAGUGUUAUUCAUAUCUGUUGCUGCUGGCAUGCCCGUCAUGUUUGCAUACAGUUCUUUUACCUCAGUGUAAGAUAACAGUCAAGAAAAAGUGUCUCGGAAAUUGUUGUUUUUUCAACGUAUCUUGUAGAUUUUUUUAGUUUUAGAAUGAAUACAAAUUAAUCGUACAUUAUACCUUAGUACGUCUUUGCUCUUUUAGAGUAUUUAAGUGUAUGCUGGUGGCUGCUGGUAGGUACACUUUUGGCAUUUGACUUUUGCAAAAAAAUAUUAGAAGCACACAUUUAUAUAAUCAUCUGUGCAUUUAUUGUGAAAACUAAAGUACUGUAUUACUAAAUAUUAAUGCGGAAAGUAGUUUCCUUCCAAGAUAUUGACCCCUUCUCUUUAGAACCCAACAAUUAAAAUGUCUCAUUUUAUAAAAUUUAAACCAUGUACAUAUGUCUAAAUAUUUUGUAAUAUGGAAGAAUAUAUAUUUCUGCAUGUAGUGUGUAUACUUUUUUUUUUUUUUACAAAUUGUCAUUAACAUUACCAAGCAAUUUAAUUUAAGAUGACAAAAGAAUCUGCCAAAGACAGUUUCUUAUCAAAUAGCUGAUUCUCACAUACAUGGCUCCAAAACGUGUCUUAACAUAAUGUACUGUAUGAGUUCUGGCAUUGACUCAACAAAAUAUUUGUAUUCAUUGAGGAGCUCUUCUAAUGUUACAAAGAUCUUCAUGUUGACUCCGGCCUGAGACAUCACUGUUAGGAUGACAUUCAAAUCUUAUCCAAAAAAAGACACAAAGCGAAGGAAACAGGAGUGUUAGAUAAAAUGAAAAGUCAGGGAGAUGUUAUCUUUGUUUACUUCCCCUCUGGAACACAUCUGUUAUGUAUCUACCAAAUCCCAUUUUAUCAUUGUAACUCCCCCCGUCCCUUUGUGUAUCUCAUAUAACAUUUUAGAAGCGUGAAUACCAGUAAACACUGAUUAUUCCAGCAUACAGAUUACUUUAAAUUUACAAAGACGGAUCUCUAACAAAUAAACAAAAUGUUUGAAUGUUGUUAGAUUUGCACAGAGGAGCCAACGGGAGGCUCAUUUGACUUUUAUUUAAAUGAAUAGACUCCCAUGCUGGAAACCCACAAUGCUAACUAGUUAAAAUAAUGAUGAAUUAUAUAAGCUAUAAACCAUUUUCAUGUCAACACCAAACUACAACAUGACAUUAAAGGAUGUAAUGAGCUGUUAAAUGUCUGAAACUCAUCAAUGUAAAAAAACUUAACCAAUGGUUAAAUAAAUAUAAAGUAUGUGUUGUUUUGAAAACAUGACAGGUCAUGAAUAAAUUCAUAACUCCUUUUUACAAUUACAAACAAAUUGAGAGAUGUUUGGAAGUCUGAUGUUUAACAAAGUUUUUAUAGAGCCUAUGAUUUAUGGAUAUUUGUGCAAUACAGUAGACUGCAUUGAAAUCACCUUAGGAUUUAUGGCCAUUCUGAUCUAGUGUUAUCGUUUGUCACACACAGAACAAAAAAUUACCACAUGUUCUAAAAUGAUGCGUAAUAACAUGAACAGAAGGAGCAUUAUUUUCAUACCUGCCAUAGUGGGGGAAGGAUUGCUAACUUGUGAAUGGACCUU